AUGCCCUGCAUCGGCGACACGAAGAUCUUUGCCGGUGUGCCGUCGGACCCCUCGGGGGUGGGGCGCAUGGGGGCGUUUGUCGCUUGCGGCAACACGCUGCCACGCGCCCGCGAGACGGUUCUGGGCGUGGAGGGCGGGGACAGGGGUGGGAGGGUGGGGAUGUGGGACCCGCGGACGGGGACCGGGACGGUCGAGGCUGUCAAGGGCCAGUACACGGACGCAGAGGGGAAGUGCCGCGUGGAGGCGCUGCUCUUCGAGGAGUUCGGCGCAAUGAGCGCGGGGGUGGAGGAGCUGCUGAUGCGGGUGGCUAAGGUGGCGGGCCGGAAGCUCACGUGGUGGCAGUACGACCAGACGUCGUGGUCGGCGCGCGAAUGGAUGCCGUUUGCGCUGCAGCGACUGUCGGUGCAGCUCUGGACGGCGCUCGCGGACGAGGCACAGCGCGCCAUUGCGGCCCACGCCGCCGCCGCCAUUCUGCUCGCAUCCUCUGCCUGCACGCCACCCGCCGUCGCCAUCUCGCAACCGAUGCGCCAGGCCGUGCUCGAGGUGGCCGACGCCGCCUACCCAGUGGUUGCGUCAGUGCGAGCCGACGCAGCAGGGCCCUUCGCCGUGCAGGCCGCGGCGCUAUUCGCGGCCGCUUCGCCGCUGGAGGUGGCACGCACCGCCGAGAAGCUGUCCGACGCGCUGCUCUCCAUCCCGCCCGAACGACUCGACGCCGCGGCCGCCUCGUGGAAGAGUGCGUAUGCAGACGUGGCCCGCUCCUCGAGCUGCAACGUGCCGCUGCCGCCCACCGACGCCCUGCGUGUGGCGGCCUCCGCGUGGGACGCCGCCGCCGCCUCGGUCGACCUCGCCAGCGUGGCGGCGGCGGCGCGGGUGGCGAGGCCGCUGCUGAGUGCUGUCGUCCGCAACGAGGAGGCCAUCUGCUUGCCGCCGCUGCCCGCAUUCGAGACUGCUGCGCUCGCGACGGCAGACGCGCUCGCAUCGGCCGACCCGGCCGCCCUGUCGGCGGCGAGCCGGCAGGCGCGCGCCGCGUUGGGGUCCGCGGCGAUUCGCGGCGUCGGCGAGGCGCGGGCCGAGCAGGCACGGAGGGAGGCGGAGGCGGCCGCGCCGAAAAGGUGCUUCACCAUGUCAUGCUACGACUACUCCCUCGACACGGGCAAGGGCCGCGGUGGGAUCGAGGGCUACUACAGGCCCCUGCCCGAUGUGUGA